AUGGCGUCGUCAACGAGUGCUAAGCUCGUGUGGUCUCCCCUGCUCGCGCUGCUCUUGAUGUCCGUCUGCGAUGCUAGCUCAGUGGAACAGCCUUGGCAAAGGGGCGCUCGGGGCGACGGGAAGCACGACGACACGCAGGCCUUGGCAAAGGCGUGGAGCGCGGCGUGCUCCUCUUCCCGGCCAGUCGUGCUGCUCGUUCCAAAGGGCAAGAGCUACCUCACCAAGUCCACCACUCUUUCUGGCCCAUGCAAAUCCACAGUCGUCUGCACCGUAAAAGGCACGAUGGUAGCUCCUCCGAGCCGGUCAGACUGGACUGAAAACAACAUCCACUGGAUCAUGUUCCAAGGAAUCUCCGGUCUCACUGUCACCGUUGGCGGCACAAUCAACGGCAAUGGCCAGAUUUGGUGGAAGAACUCAUGCAAGACCAAUGAAGCUUUGCCAUGCACACAGGCUCCCACUGCUUUGACAUUUCACCUAUGCGACAAUCUGAAGGUGGACAACCUGAAAAUUGUCCACAGCCAACAGAUCCAUAUGUCGAUAGAGGAUUGCACCGACGUGCAAUUAACCCGCAUGUCUAUCACGGCGCCCAGCACAAGCCCGAACACCGAUGGCAUCCACAUCACGCGCUCCAAAGAUGUGCAAGUUAGAGGGUGUAUCAUCAAGACCGGAGAUGACUGCAUGUCGAUUGAGGAUGGAACUCAGAAUCUUCAUGUCACCAAAGUCGUGUGUGGUCCCGGACAUGGCAUCAGCAUUGGAAGUUUGGGAGAUGACAACUCUAGAGCGGAGGUUUCCGGCAUUACAAUUGACUCGGUGCAAUUAUAUGGCACGACCAACGGUGCCCGAAUCAAGACAUGGCAGGGCGGAAGUGGGUUCGCGAAGAAUAUCAUAUUUCAGAACAUUAUCAUGGACAAUGUUCAAAAUCCAAUUAUUAUUGACCAGAACUACUGUGACUCUGCUAAGCCAUGCAAGGAUCAAGAAUCGGCGGUGGAGAUCAGCAACAUCGUCUUCGAGAACAUUAGAGGGACUACCACUUCCGAGGAUGCCAUCAAGUUGAGUUGCAACAAAAAUGCUCCGUGCUCUGGCAUAACCCUUGAGAACAUUGAAUUGAAGUUAGAGAGUGGCAAUGGUGACACCGAAAGCACCUGCCAGAAUGCAAAAUGGACAGAAUCUGGAAAUGUUGUUCCAUCACCUUGCAAAGGCAACAACUAG